UUAGAACAAUUUAUGUAGAAAAAGCCGCCCUAACUUGUCUCACUUUCCCCAUUUCCUCCGUCAAUCGCUGUGGCACCGCCGUGAUUCUAACCCGGCCACCGACUCCAGCCUGGUGUGUAUUUCCACAAUGAAUCGGGUAGUACCGCAAUUGAGCUGAUUGAAAUGGCAGCCGUGUGAGAUUGGUUGCGAGCUUGGUGGAAUCUGUGCAGAGUUUGUGUGCAUGCCAGAGAAGCUUUUGUUCUGCACUUCUAUAGCUUUACCAAUGAAGCCAAGAGCCACUGAGGCACAGCGGAGGUCGAGAAAUGUUCCAGGGGAGGGGCCAAAUUGGAUUUUUAUUGCAGGGAGUGCUCUGAUUAGUACUUUGUCAAUGCGCCUUGGGUAUAAGCUCAAACAGGUCCUUGAUGCUAAACAACUGGACAGCAGUAGUCCAAGUUUAAAAGUUAAUGGAAAAUCUACCGAUGGAAAGAAAUCGGGAAGCUGUCCAAUGCAUUCAAAUGCCUUUUGCUAUCCUCAAGAUGAAGAUGUUUGCUACAGCCAUUAUUCAGGAUCCGGGAAUGUGAUGGAAAUCAAACCACACGCCAAUGGUCAGAUGAUGUCAGAACCUGAAAUGGCUCUUCCACUAGUGACUGUUCCCGUUUCAGAGUUCAAUAAAGAAAAUGGCGUGAUGUGGUCGUCUUCUCCUGACCGCCUGGAGCUGCCCCAGAAACCCUUCCACCAAUCUAACAGCUCCGACUCCCCUUGCGUCUCAGAAUCUGGUUCCGACAUUUUCAGCAAGCGGGAGGUCAUACAAAAGCUGAGACAGCAGCUAAAGAGAAGAGAUGACAUGAUACUAGAAAUGCAAGAUCAAAUUGCAGAAGUGCAAGCCUCUCUUGCCGCACAGGUUUCACAUUCUUCGCACUUGCAAUCUCUUCUGGAUGCUGCAAACAGGGAUUUGUUUGAAUCAGAUCAGGAGGUACAGAGACUACGCAAGGCAAUAGCAGAUCGCUGUGUCGGACAUGUCCACUCAGGUGAGAAGCUCCCCACAGUCCCCAUUUGGCCAGCUGAGAACAACGGGCAUGUGAAUGGUUACCCAGAAGUCGAAAACAACAUGGAGUCUCCAGAGAAAGGGAGAAAUGGGGAAAGGAUUGAAAUGUUGAGGAGGGAAGUGAGUGAGCUGAAAGAAUUGAAUAAAGGAAAAGACUACUUGCUGCAAGGCUACAAGGAGCAAAACUCGGAGCUUUCGAUCAAGAUCAAGGAGUUGCAGCACAGAUUGGACUCUCAACUUCCAAAUAUUUUGUAGGUGAAUUUAGCUUUCUUGUGCAUUCUGAAUGUGGCUUCCUGUUGUCUUUUCAUCCAUCCAAUUAGAAGCUCUCAAUUUUGCAAACAUUGUUUUCGCAUUUUCUUGUUACCCUCUCAUUCUUCUUCCUUGUGCAUAUCUGGAAGGGAGAGUGAGAUGUUCAUAAGUUUAGAGUUCAACGCUGAGUGCCACGAUUUUGAGUUUAUUUUGGAACACAAUGAACUUGCAAAUGCUAUUUGCUCUUUGCAGCACCUUCAAUGUGAGUGCUGUUAUUGUCUAA